CUUUUGGUAGGCACCCACACCUACUCUUCUUCUCCAAUUCCACAAAGUAAAACUAAAGUGAAAGAAAUAAAGAGAAACCCCACUACUUUCACUUGUGCUGUUUUUGGGUCAAUAGUCUUUGCACUACUUGCAGCAACUACUUGAUUAUUUCAUUCCCCAUUUCCUAGUCCUUUUCUUUCUUGUAAUUGUGUUUCCAAUUCAUCAAAUAGCCAAUUGGACAGAUAUUGUUUCAAAUAUCAAGAAAUCUUUGUUAGGCCCUUCUCUCACCCCACUUCUCCCCUACCCACCCACCUACCCCCUUCAAACUUUCUUUUCCAAGAUGGAAUUUAGAGAGCCAAAUAGCAAAAACCAAGGUGGCAGCACCAGUCUCUCCGACAAUCAAAACGAUAGCAACAACAAUAAUAGCAACGACAAUAAUAACAACUCGAUUUCUACCAAAGUUGUUAAGAAGCCAUACAAAGACCGUCACACUAAGGUGGACGGUCGAGGGCGGCGCAUACGCAUGCCAGCUUUAUGCGCCGCCAGAGUUUUUCAGCUCACAAAAGAACUGGGUCACAAGUCUGAAGGUGAAACCAUCGAGUGGCUCUUGCAACAAGCUGAACCGUCUAUUAUAGCAGCUACGGGAACAGGUACAAUCCCUGCAAAUUUCUCUACUCUUAACGUGUCUUUACGUAGCAGUGGGACUACAAUUUCAGCUCCGCCGUCAAAGUCUGCGCCGCUUUUCAUUCACGGGGGCGCCACCACUAUGUUGGGUUUUCACCACCCGCUUUCAAACACCGGUUAUGGACAAGACCCAGGUGAGAAUUACAUGAAAAAGAGGUAUAGAGAAGAUACAAGUGGAGCAACAUCACUACCAUCAGCUACUAAACCGGAGAGAACCGGAGGUCAAGCUCACGAACCGGAUGAAGAAUCAAAACCCGGUUCAUCACAUGCUUCUAGCUACAUACCGGCUCCAGCUAUGUGGGCGGUUGCGCCGGCGGCCGGUAACGUCGGAAACACCUUCUGGAUGGUACCAGGCACCUCAUCAACCAUGCAGAGAAUUGGUGGUUUUGAGUUAUCGGGAGGUGGCCGGUUCAAUCCGGUUCAUCUAGGAUCAAUGUUUUUGCAACAGCCACAACCGGUUCAGCAGCUGGGGUUGGGUGUUUCAGAAACAAACUUGGGAAUGUUAGCAUCUAUGAAUGCAUAUAAUAGUAGGGGUACUGGUAUUGAUUUGGGUAUGAAUUUGGAGCAACAUCACCAUCAAAAUCAGCAACAAGGUAGUGAAAGUGGCGAUGAAAAUCACAAAGAUUCUCAAUCAUAGUUCCAUUCUUGAUGCCAUUUGAGUUAAUUCUUGAUGUUUUUACUGUGGUGAGGAGAGAAUUAACUGCUGUCAGUCAUUGUAAAUGUUUCAUUUUCCGUCCUUUUUUUUCCCACUCAUUUUUAAUAGCUUUAUUGGGGAGUGAUUGAAGUUGUAGAUUAAUGGUUGCAAUUACACUUA